AUGCCCCUCACAGAACUACUAACGGCCGUAUACAAACCCAAUAGCUACAACAUCAGUUUUUCUCGAGAGCAUUCAAGGCUGUUCACAAUUGAUACCUCUUCUUCCUUUUCAAAUUCCAAUUUUCCGUUACCUCUUCCUAGCUCGUACAGGUCAAUCACAGAAUUCGCCCGCUGCUCCCUCGCCCCUGGCAUCUUCCUCACCGGCCCCACAAGCUCAGCCUUCACAGCCCCCGCUCCACGCCUUCGAAGCGUCGAGCUCGAGAACCCAUCGAUACUGUGGGGCUUCGUCGACGGGGAUAGUGUCGAAGACUACAUCGCGUAUACGAAGACCGAGACCAAUGCAAAGAUUGAGCAGGCAUUAGGACCAUACUGCUCCGGGUUUCUUCAAGCGCCACAUCUCGCUACCCUUGGCCCUAAUUCCCCGUUCUCUCAUGUCACAGAAAUCUUCACUGCAUACUUUCCCCCAAACCUUGCUACCUCUCCCCUCAAAUCUGCCAGGCAAUAUGCUCGUUUACCCACAAAGCCGACGCAUUUAAAGAAAAGUUGGAGCCUGCGAGUAUUCCACAAGCCUUUGAUCAAGGAAGUUGGGGUUUAG